AGCUUAUAAAUCGGCCCAAGAAUGUUCCAUAUGAAUUCCAACAAUCCUGAUAGUGUCUUUUAUAAAAACUAUCGACUGCAAUUGGCGGCAACUUUAACUGUUAAUAUACUUACAUUUUCUCAUGGCAUCGGAUUAGGAUGGAGCGCACCGAUGCUUUUGAUUUUUCAAACCCCAGAAUCACCUUUAGAAUUUAAAAUAUCUGUUGAGGAAACCUCAUGGAUUGGUGCAUGUGUCGGUGUUGGAGCAAUAUUUGGCAAUUUUAUAUUUGGCAUACUUCUUGACCUGAUUGGACGUAAAAAGUGUUUAUAUCUUUUAGGUGUACCACACAUAUUCUUUUGGGUCCUGAUUAUGUUUGCCAAUGAUGUAUAUUACCUUUAUAUAGCUCGAAUAUUAGGAGGUAUUUCUGGAGGUGGUUUAUUUGGAAUUCUUCCAAUUUUCGUAGCUGAAAUCGCUGAUUUAAAAGUUCGAGGUACCCUAGGUGCUAUUUUUUGUUUCUCCUUGAACGUUGGCAUGCUUUUUGGGAACAUUAUUGCAACACUUGUUCCAUAUGUGAUCAUUCCAUGUGUUAUAUUAGUACUUCCAAUAUCAUAUCUUAUCUUCGUCAUGCAAUUUCCUGAAACACCACAGUUUUUACUUCGUCAAAACCAAAUCGACGCAGCUUCAAAAUCUUUGAAAUAUUACUCAAAUAUCAAGGAGAAAAACAAGGAUGCACUACAACAAUUUGAAAUCAAUUUUAAUGAGAUGAAAGAGUUGAUUUUGUCUUCAAAAAACAAAGAAAGACUUUCUUUAAAGGACAUUUGUUCUAAGAGAUUUAUGAAGGCUCUUCUUAUGGGACUUGCCCUCGUGAUAAUUUAUAGUUUCACUGGAAUAUGGCCUAUUCUCAACUACUCAUCGCUUAUCUUUGCAGAAGCACAUUCAUCAAUGGAUCCGAAAACCAAUACAAUCAUAAUUGGAGUCUUCCAGAUAAUUGGAUCAUAUUGUGCUUUCGUCCUUAUUGAUAAGUUUGGCCGAAAGUUUUUGCUACUUGUGUCUUCAAUUGGAAUGUUUCUCGGAUUCGGUUUGUUUGGUGUACACUCGUAUAUGGCCACUAAUUUAGCAUUGAACGUUGCAAGAUGGCUUCCUGUUGUCCUUAUGGCAUUCAUAAUUUUAGCAGCAAAUAUUGGUGUUAUUUCAGUAACUUUUAUAGUACUUGUGGAAAUAAUUCCUCCAAAGAUAAGAUCGUUUGUCACAGCAUUGGUUUUGGUUUCAGCUAGUAUAAUGUACAGUGUAGCAUUAAAACUAUUUCCAGUACUAAUGUACCUUGUCGGGCUAUCAGGUGUCAUGUGGAUUUGUGCAUCGUUUGCAGCAUUUGGAUUUAUAUUUUAUUUAAUAUUUCUCAAAGAAACAAAGGGCAUGAAUUUGAAUGACGAAGACACAUACAAUUAAGGGAAUAUUUUAUGAAUAC